UUGAGUUAACGGCAGCCACGGAGCACCGAGAUUUCUCGUGGCGAUCGACGAAGAAACGAAGCACGAGAGCCGCGCGCCACGAAUUUUUUUUUAGCGGAGAAAAAAAAAAUGGUUGUGGAGGAGGCCGUCGUCGCGGCCGGCAAUGAGAUGAGCCUGUCCAACAUGGUGCUCGGGUUCUACGAGGAGGCCGAGCUCCAGAGCUCGCCGCCGGGAGACUGCGCCGCCGCCGCCGGUGACGACGACGACGGCAGCGACGACGAGGGGUCCGGCGGCGCCGCCAAGUGCAGGGCGUUCUGGAAGGAGCAGCAGUCGCAACUCUACGAAGCGCUGGCCAAGAUGAGCUCGGCGGAGAGCAGGAUCCAAGCGGACGCGGAGGAGGCCAUGAGGCAGAUGCGCGCGGCGGCGGCGGGCGCCUGCUCCUGCGCGAGCCGCGGCGCGGCGGCGGCGGCGGCAGGCAGCGGAGGCUGCCGGAGCUGCACGCUCCGGUUUCUCGCCGAGCGGCUGCGCGACGCCGGGUACAACAGCGCGAUCUGCAGGUCCAAAUGGCCGCGAUCGCCGGAAAUUCCUUCAGGGGAGCACAGCUACGUGGACGUGGUGGCGCCGACCAGGAGCGGCAAGGCGGUGCGGGUGGUGGUCGAGCCCAGCUUCCGCGGCGAGUUCGAGAUGGCGCGCGGCGGCGCGGGGUACAGGGCGCUGGUGGCGUCGCUGCCGGAGGCGUUCGUCGGCCGCGCCGAUCGGCUGCGCGGCGUGGUGCGCGUCAUGUGCGCCGCGGCGAAGCAGUGCGCGCGGGAGAGCGGCAUGCACAUGGCGCCCUGGAGGAAGCAGCGGUACAUGGAGGCCAAGUGGCUCGCCACGCCGGAGCGGGUCGCGCCGCCCGGCAACGCCGGCGGCGCCGGCGACGCGGUGGCGGUCGGGUCGCCGUCGUCGCCGCUGUCGCCGGGGAUGACGAACAGGCAGAUGCAGCCCAAGUUCAGGGCGUCCAUGCUCACGCUCGACUUCGGCGGCCGGACCGCCGUGGAGGUCGUGUGAGCUAGCGAUCGAUGGGUGAGAAGUUGAGAAGAUUGUUUUGAUUUUGAAUUUUUUGUUUUUUUUUUUGGUAUGUGCACGCGUGGUUUUGACCUUGUUUUGACUUCUGAAGAACAAGGCACGGAGCAGCUAGGCUCUGAAAUUGUGAGGAUUAUGUAAUGAUGAGGAUAUAUAGCUUGGCCAUUUUGGUAAAUAUUUUAUAUUGAAGAAAUUUAAUAGGGAAAAAAGAGGAAAGGCAAUGCAUAUUUUUCCCUGUGGAGCUAAUAAAAGAGGAAAGGCCAUUUCCAAGUAUUA